UUUAUAAGGCAGAGGCGCGGAAAGGGCGAAGAUGCCUCUCGAUUAGACGCGGCCGGUACCACGAGAGCAUGCGCGGUCCAGGGCAGCAACAGGCUUAGUGCAGCCGUGCACUUGGAUUGUUGCGAUGUCCCGAUGAAGCUGGAGGGCGAGUGUUCUGGCUGUACAGGCAGUGGCCCACCAGGAAUAGUCGACUGGACGAGGGGCAUGAGGUUUCUUCCCCGGAUCGUCGACGGCACACCCACCUCUUGGGUCACGCGCCAGCAAUACUGGCAAUACGGAAGCACAGCCGGGCUGAGUACAUCGCGCUAAACGGUGAACGGCACGGCCAGUUGGCGAAGAGCAUUUCGUUGGUGGGGGACCAGGACGUGGGGCCGGCGGUUCCUUCGGCGCCACCAGGAAUUCCCUCGCUGUGUUGCAGGAGUGGGGAAGUGUCACUGACUAGACAACGAGAUCAAGAACAAGGAAACUAUUGCAAGCACGUCUGCCUGUGAAGGCGCCUGAAUAGAAAACAAUGAGCACGUCCCAUUCUCGGCUAUGGGACACAGUGUCUGUGAUGGCUGAGGAGGUCUACCACUUCGCGAUGACGGCGCUGUGCGCCUACGAACUGCUGUUGGACUCCUACUACGGCGUCAAGCCGAAACGCGAAAUCAGCAGCGUCGCGCUCUCCAUGGCGCUCUUCAUCUUUCACUCGGUGUUCCUGGGACGCAGCCAGCACUCCAGCAUGCUGCCCGCGAAGCUCGUCUACCUGCUGGACAUGCUGUUCCACGUGGGAAGUUUCACCGCAGACGCCGCGCUCGCGAUCUCCCUGCUGCAUAGUCCACCUGUGGCGCUCGGCCUCGAGACGGAUGGCACGAGAGGGAGCGCGGUCUGCAACUCAAACUCCAUCUUGGUCGAUCUCGUUGGCAUGGCCUACCACAUCGGCAUACUCGUCACGUACUACCGCUGGGUCCAGCUCAGACCGGCCACGACCACCUCGUGUGGCGCCUCCAACUGCCUGUCCUGGAUCAGCGAGUCGGUGCGCACCAGACUGCACCGCCGACCGGUAGCCACGCUGGACCGCUCGCCGCUGCUGGGCGACGCGUUCGAACGGGAGCUGCCACUGGACGCACAGCAAAUAUGCCUACCAGCUUUCGAACUCCCACACCAUCCAGUAUCCGGCACAGUCACCAAGAGGCGGCCUGCAGUUCAGGUCAGUGAGCACCGGGAAGGCACAGACGAAUGACUGCUGUUGACACGCCACUUCGACCAAGAGGCCUGAAUGUAUGACGCUCAAAUCUGGCCCACGUCUUCAUAGCCACCCGAGCUGAAGUUCCUAAAGUUCAUUUAUAUAAAAUUUAGUUUUUGGCAUAACAAUUUCUCAGUUUUACCUGCUCCUUCUAGUUUUUUUGGAGUUGGCACAAAACCUUGGCAUGGGCACCUCUGCAUGGGCCUAGACAGCUCCAUAAGUGAGCCAUGGUGGCAUCAACAGUGCACCUCCAGCACGUGCCCCGAUGCAGAUGGCAAAUGUUGCCUAACAGAUCUUCGACAUUUGGCCAGCAACCAAAACCUGUCACCAUUGUUUGAAUAUGUGUCUGCGCCCUUUUGCUGAAGCCUCGCGGCAUGGUUACAAAUGAAGCCUUUAUAAUGCAGGGCUUAGCCAUUUUGUGGUAACUGAUACGUCAGCUUUGAGGUAGGUGUGAAGUGUGCAGCACUGUUCAGUGUUCUAAUAAACCCUAACAAAAACAUUGCAAGGCUCUGUAUGGAUAUCAAUGUGUGUGCUUCCUUUCCUAUUCAGAAAGCGUAAAGUCAAAGUACUUAUUUAUGUAAGUUCCAUGUGCCAGCUUCCACAGGAUUGCCUACAAAAAAAAUGCCCUACGAUAGCAGACAUUUUGACUGCAAGAAUGAUGUCGGCAAGCAGCAAGUCAAAAGUGCCCUGGUGCAAGUCACAAAGCAUAUGCAGGCAAGUAAACAUACCUUAAGCUUGAGUCCUCAAUUUAAAAAAACUGGGGCACACACUCAGAUUCAGAAUUAUAGACAUACAUAUACAUAUUACAGGCUUAUAGGAGCCGUAGGAAAUGUAGCAAUAAGUGGAGGAAUGAGUCAAUGCAUGAAGUGGAGGGGUAUUGAUGAAUUGAAAAUUUAGCAUUGACAUCAGAGCAGCAGAGUGCUACAAAAAGAGCCAAAUUCGUUUCCACAGUAAAGCAUUCUUUUAAGUAUGCCCGUUAAAUACCCAUAGGUGUUUUUCUGUGUACAAUCGUGCAGCAUCAGGUGGAUAGCUAACUUUCUCAUCAUUGUUAGAUGUUGAUCACUAAAGACCCCUGUAUUUUGCUUUCUAAUGUAACAAGCCACUGAGUGAUAACGGCUCGUGAGCACACUUGUCAUCAAAAUGGCUGCUGCCCGACACAAUUGUCUAUGUUCUUUGCUCCGUCAUCAUUCAGUGCCGUCCCAAUAUACAACAGCUGUGAA